GAUCGAUGCGCCAGGAUUGUACGUGACACCAUCAGCUAUUCAUGCCGGAGGAAGAAUCGUGAGAUGCGUAUAGUAGCAGCAGCAGCAGCAGCGGCAGAAGAGCACGAGCUUUAUAUUCCGCUCCCUGUCGUGCAUAUAGAUCUGGUCCGGAGCACCGUCGACAUGCGAGGAAUCGCCACAAUCGCCCUCUUCGUGGCACUCGCCACCUUAUGUAGCUCGAACCUCAUGCCAGAUCAAGGCUUGAGCCUGCUACUGAAAGAUGCCCUCCACGACGACGAGUUCGCGAUAACGCUGAACCACGUGAAGGCGAAAAAGAAGGUCGGUGCCAACAUCGAGACCUUCUUCGCCGCCGAGUACGAGAACUCCAAGCACAAGUUCAUCCUCAUGUUGGAUAGACGAGCCAAGAGAGUGAUUCUCGAGACGACCGUGGACAAUCAGAAGCAUCGCGAACACAUAAUAGCCGACAGUCUGGACAUAAGCGAGCCGUUCAAGAGUCUGAUACUGGUGGUGGAUCAGAAAGAGCCCAACGCCAAGCUCGAGGUCUUCGUCGAUUGUCAGCACCAGGGCCAGAUUCCGCUUCAGAGGACGCUGCGCCAGCUGGCCUCGAGGGCCGCCGAUUUGCCCCUCGAAGUGCUACGUGAGCGUCGCUACAAAACGAGGAUCUACCGAGGCGGAGAUAUCGAGGGGGCAUUACUUCGAGAAAAUUGCAGUCGCACGACGCUGCGCGACAUCGACGAGAUACUCCACCAAGAUGGUUAUCGUCAUCACAGCGGCGGACAACAACACGAUCACGAGUACGGAGCCAACAUGACGACAACUGCACUGCUGGACGAUCAGACGACGAGGGUUCGUCGGCGGGGUGACAUUCCCGGCGAGUUUCCGCCGCUCAUCGAUAUUAAUGGAUGCCUCAGCGACGAAGUGAUGGCGAAAACUCUGAAUCUGCUGAUAGACGCUAUCAAAAAGAUGUGGACCAAAUUGGAUCUGAACCUCGGCGAGACGAAGCGUAUUCGCGAACUGCUGGAGAACUGCGCAGCUUGUCACGAGAAACCGACGCCUCCACCGCCGCCACCGCGAAGCUGCAGCUACAUGUCGCCCUGCUUCCCCGGAGCGGACUGCCGAGACACCCCCGCCGGACCUCAGUGUCUGCGCUGCCCGAGCGGCUACCAGGGUGACGGCCGCAACUGCCGACGACUGCCCAGCUGCAAGGACCAUCCGUGCUUCGACGGCGUCGAGUGCAUGGACACCGCCACUGGAUUCGUUUGCGGCUCGUGCCCGCGCGGCUACACCGGCAACGGCCAGCACUGCGAGCGCAUCAACGGCUGCCAGCCGAAUCCGUGCUUCCCCCAGGUGGCCUGCACCCCGAUGACGGUGCCGCCGUUCUAUCGCUGCGGCGGCUGUCCCCUCGGCUACCACGGCAACGGCCUCAAUUGCCAACGCGAGGACGAGUGCGACCUGGCCAAGCCGUGCUGGCAGGGCGUCAGAUGCUACAAAUUUGAUCACGGAUACAGAUGCGACUCCUGUCCUGAGGGCAUGACGGGCAACGUGUCGGAGGGCCGUGGCAUCGAGUACGCGCGCACCCAUCGCCAGUACUGCUACAGAAUUGACCCGUGCAGCGACAACAACGGAGGAUGCGUCGAAAACUCGGAUUGCUACAACUCCGAGUGUAACGUAGGUUGGGCGGGCGACGGCCAGACCUGCGGCAUCGACUCCGACAGCGACGGCUAUCCCGACGAGGCGCUCAACUGCCAGGACCAGCACUGCCGGGCCGACAACUGCCCGAAGACGCCCAACAGCGGCCAGGAGGACGCCGACGGGGAUGGCCUCGGCAACGCCUGCGACGACGACGCCGAUAACGACAACGUGCUCAAUCUGUCGGACAAUUGUCCGCUGAUUGCCAACAGCGAUCAGGCCGACAGCGAUCACGAGGGGCCCGACGACAUCGGCGACGUCUGCGACAAUUGCCCGUACGUGAAGAAUACGAAUCAGCACGACACGGACGGCGACGGUAUCGGUGACGCCUGCGACGACGACAUCGAUAACGACGGUAUUCUAAACAUGAACGACAACUGCCCGAAAGUCUUCAACGACGACCAGAUGGACUUCGAUCACGACGGCAUCGGCGACGUGUGCGACAACUGUCCGCGAAUCUCGAACGCCGAUCAGCGCGACGAGGACGGCGACAAGGUCGGCGACGUCUGCGACAAUAACAGCGAUCGCGACAAGGACGGCAUACAGGACGACAUCGACAACUGCAUCGACGUGCCGAAUCCUGGACAGACGGACUCGGAUCAGGACGGCCUCGGCGACGAGUGCGACGCCGACAUCGACAACGAUCGCGUGCCCAACGAAAACGACAACUGCCUCUACGUGUACAAUCCAGAUCAGCUGGAUGUUAAUGGCGAUGGAAUCGGUGACGCCUGCUUCAACGACAACGAUAACGACCAGGUUGAAAAUCUCAUCGACAUUUGCCCGAACAACAGCCGCGUCUGGGCCACGGACUUCCGCAAGUAUGACACCAUAGCCCUGGACCCGCACGGCGCCACCCAAGAGGAUCCCAUAUGGGAGAUCCAUCACAACGGCUCGGAGAUCUAUCAAACACUGAAUAGCGACCCUGGCAUCGCCGUAGGCUUCGACAGCUUCAGCGGUGUCGACUUCGAGGGUACCUUCUUCGUCAACACGGACAUCGACGACGACUACGUCGGCUUCGUCUUCUCCUACCAGAACACCCGUCAAUUCUACACAGUGAUGUGGAAGAAAGUACUUCAAACUUAUUGGGAGCCCAUGCCUUUCCGCGCCAUCGCCGAAACUGGCAUACAGCUCAAACUCGUCGACUCUAAAACCGGACCGGGCGAGCAUCUGCGCAACGCCCUAUGGCACACGGGCAACACUCGCGAGCAGGUCAAAUUGCUUUGGAAAGAUCCACGUAAGGUCGGCUGGAAGCAGUACACGCCCUACAGGUGGCGACUCAUUCACCGGCCAAGAAUCGGUCUGAUUCGACUCUGGAUCUACGAGGGCCAGCGGCUCAUCGCCGACUCGGGCAACAAUUUCGACUCGACCUUGAAGGGUGGCCGACUCGGUGUCUUUGCCUUCUCCCAGCAGAUGGUGCUCUGGUCCAAUCUAAGAUACACGUGCAAAGAGACCGUGCCCUUCGAAGUGUACCGUACUCUGCCGCCCAACAUCCAAUCUCAGGUCCACACCGACUAUAAUCGUCCGUGAAAAGCUCGGCUCGCAAGCUCUGCAGUAGCAAGGGCCGCAGGCUGAAUUAUUACGCACCGCCGCAGUACUCAGUACCCGCACCACACCACUACCACCACGCACGGCGUCACACACACACACACACACACACACACCGUUAUAUUUGUCUGUCUAAAUAAUAAUGGUAGUACGUCGUUAUUAUUUUUAUUUUUAAUUUUUUUUAUUUUACUUUAAAUUAUCAUUAUUAUCGUAACGCACGCUCGGCGAGAGCAUGUUUUUUUUUGUAUUAUGUAAAGACAGAGAGCGUGGCAGCGUUUUUUUAAUUAAGUUUAUUUCACCUUCUUUCUUUUUGUAUUUAUAAUUUGAAAUUAUUUAAUUUCUCCAUUUAAAUAUAUAUUCAUAUAUAUUAUGUAUGUCUAAUAUAUAUCACGUGGAAUGAUACAUAAAUAGAUCUCCAGCGACGGAUCGUCGUUGUCAGUUGUGUAUGUCAACCUCUUUUAAAUUUGCAUUUUUCCCUUUUUAAUUUUCAUGACUGUAGCCAUAUUAUUAUUAUUGUUAUUAUUGUAAUUAUAAUUAUUAUCAUUAAAUAAUAAUAGCAUCUUUUUGUCGCUCACAUACCAACUUUCGAUAGACGGACACACAUACAUGAUUUUUCGUGUAAAUAUAGAGAAUCAAAUACCCUAUUUUUUCUGCAUCGGAGAAAAAAGCUCAUUAUCUCUGGGAAAAUAUGAGCUUGAAAAAGAGAAUAAUAAUAAGAAUAAUAAUAAUAUGUGACUAAACGAUGACAAGUGUGAAUUAAUCUUAUCUUAAUUGUAAUAAUUUUUUUAUCGUGUGUUUUCGAAAAUGUAUAGUGUUUAAAAAUGUCACGACUGUGUGUAUAUUUAAAUUGAUUAUUAUCAUAAUUAUUUAUGCACAUCGUGGAGGGGAAAUAGCUGUAUAUUAAGUGUGAAGACUAGCCAUAAUAAAUGUAAUAAUCGUGUCGAUGCAUAAUACGAUUUUUUUUCAUUAUAUUUUUUCUCCGAUUUUCUGACUUACGAAUGAGUUUUAUUAUUGAUUUAGAAAUUUUCUGAUUUGAUAAAAUUUUUGUAAAUUUAUGAAAGAGGAAGAAUAUUGUGAAAAAUCGAUUAUUGAUAUGACUGCAUCGUUAAUAGAGUUUUUUGUAAAAUAAUAAUAAACGUAGUGUGUAUUCUUCAGAGAUUAAGACAAAAAAAUAAAGAAAGAGAUUCACAAUAAAUUUUACAACGAAUGAACGAUGGAGUAUCGAAUGCAUCUUUAUCUAAAGUUACCACCCCGUUAAUUUUUAUUUCGAUUAUGAAAAUGUGUCAAUAAAAAUUAUAAAAAGAAAUCUAAGAGAUCGUAAUACCUAUGCGAUCGUCAUUAUGCGUUUAUGUAAACGAUAUACGCGGUGACUUUUAUUAUUAUUGUUAUCAUUAUUAUAAUGUCAUUAUUUUGUAUCGGUAUUCAAAGUUUGCAAGUUGUUUUUUUUUCUUUAACAAUACCAAAUAUACAAUAAUAACAAUACAUGGUACAAUUAUUUAAUUUUAUACGACUUUUUCAUUUUGUCUCGAAUCUUAUUUCAUAAAUGUAUGUAUUUGAUCCUCGCAUCGCAGGCUGCAAUUCAUAUACCUAUUACUUUUUUUCUCCAAAUUUAUGUUUAAUAAUAAAAGUCGUAUAACUGGCUACGCAUUUUACAAUAGAAUCGCAGUUAUUCGAAAUUGACGCAGACAGUCUUGGGUGCAACAAAGUCACCUAUGUAUAUUCUCGUUUCAAAUGCAAUUCACUGCACACGAGAUCGACAAAAAUCGGUCAACUUUAUUAUUCCGUUGGAACAUUUUUUCUUCGUCGUGUCAUACAUUUUGCUCGUUUUAUCGUUUUUCUGUUUGUUCAUUCGCACGUAUCGAUGGAGUCGCAAUGACAACAAUCGAGUGCUCGUGUUAAGAUAUUAUGUUGUAUAUCGUAAGUGAUAAAAUUGUUACAACAUUGACUUUUUCGCUGAAGCAUUUUUGCAGAAAAUACCGUUAGUAUUCAUUAAAUUCCGGACGUUAAUUGAGCACAUGUUUCGAGAGAUCGAUAAAUAUCAUUGUAAAUUUGAUUUUGUCAGUUUGUGGCGCUUUCAUAAUUACAUAUCAUUAAUCACGAAGAUGGCUGGAGGGAUAACGAAUGAAUGCCCUUGUCUUGAACGGUUUUUUUUAAAAAUACUUUUUUUUUGCCUCACCGUUUUCUUGAUAUCUUUUAACAAUAAAUGCGACACCGCUUUUAUUACACAUACGAACACAUAUCCACCGAUCGUACAAUUAUGUUUUUACUUGCGGCUCGGUCUUCACCCCGCAUAAUUAUUACAUCAACUUGUGCGAUGAAUAUAAUUAUAAUUAUUAUUGUUUGUUAUUAUUUCAUAAUUAAUUUUUAUCUGUACUCUUAGAAUCUUUAUAAAUAUUCGCUACCGAAAAAAAUGAUGCAUAAAUUAAGUUAUUUGUUCUGCGAUCAUAUUAACUAUAUACAUUUAAAAGGAAAUAAUUUAGUAAUACACUUGUACGAUUUGUUGAAUGUAUAAUUUUUUUACGAGGAUUAAAACAUUACAGGAUUUCUUGUACUGAAAUUUCAGAUUCGAAUGCGAAUAACAUGAGUUCGUACGAUUAUUAUCGGCACGCUCUCUAUAUUUUCUUCUACAUAUAUAUAUUUUUUAAAUGUCUAAGACGAACCAGCCGCCUUUGCUACUUUAUACAUAAUAAAUAUAAUUCAGUAAUGAGACCCUUGACGAGAGCGCGUGGCAGUGUUCACACUUAUAAAUCGCGAUAAAUAUAUAUUUUAUUUAUGAAUUAUAUCUUUUUUUUGUUUCAAAGGGCAGUUUAUUAUAAAUUUCAUCA